CCCCCCGACUCUCCCUCCCCGUCCUCCUUCCCGGGUCAGCGAUCCCCGGGAAAGGGGGCGGCUGAUGAUUGAGGCACUGUCACUGGUCUGUGUAGAAAGCCUUCUGCCUUUGUGGAGUGGAUGUGCUGUUCAGUGGAAACAUACUGGACAGAGUAGUUUCAGUUAGUGGCCUGCCUUAAAGUUUCCCAUGUGUCAGUGGACUCCUGAAUGUAACAAGCUCUUUAUCUUAAACGUGGAUAUGAAGAGUGAAGUUCCUUCUGAUGCACCAAAGACACAGGAGAGUCUAAAAGGGAUCCUCUUGCCCCCACAGCCCAUUGGGGCAGCAAAAAGUUUUCCUUCAGGAGUUGAGAUGAUUCAUAGUAAAGUGGGGAAUGAAUUCUCUCACUUGUGUGAUGAUCCUCAGAAACAAGAGAAGGACAUGAAUGGGAACCAGCAAGAACGAGAAAAAAGUGUGAGGAAAAAACGCAAAAGCCAGCAGGCUGGCCCCUCAUAUAUGCAGAAUUGUGUUAAAGAAAAUCAGGGAAUCCUAGGGUUGAGGCAACACCUAGAAACAGCAAGUGAAGAUGAUCAUGACUCGUCUUUCAGUGAUUGUCUGUCCUCUCCUUCAUCUAGUCUGCAUUUUGGAGACUCUGAUACUGUGACUUCAGAUGAGGAUAAAGAAGUCUCAGUACGACAUUCCCAGCCUGUUUUGAGUACAAAAACCAGAAGUCACAGUGCCCGGUCCCAGAAGUGGCCUCGAACUGAGACAGAGACCGUAUCAGGAUUAUUAAUGAAAAGACCCUGUUUCCACAGCAGUUCAUUAAGGAGACUUCCAUGCAGAAAAAGAUUCAUAAAAAGUAAUUCCUCACAGAGGACACAGAAACAGAAAGAGAGGAUAUUAAUGCAGAGGAAAAAAAGGGAAGUGUUAGCCCGAAAAAAAUAUGCAUUGUUACCCAGUUCUAGUAGUUCCAGUGAGAAUGACCUCAGCAGUGAAUCCUCUUCCAGCUCAUCAACCGAAGGAGAAGAGGAUUUGUUCGUUUCUGCCAGUGAAAACCACCAAAACAACCCAGCUGCUCCCUCAGGAAGUAUUGAUGAAGAUGUUGUGGUGAUAGAAACUUCCUUCGCCCCCCAGGUCACUGCCAAUGAAGAAAUCAAUGUUACCUCAACUGACAGUGAAGUGGAAAUCGUUACAGUGGGAGAAAGCUACAGGUCUCGUUCAACCCUGGGGCACUCCAGGUCUCAUUGGAGCCAAGGUUCAAGUUCUCAUACAGGGCGGACACAGGAGCCACGAAACCGCAGUCGAAUUUCUACUGUUAUACAGCCCUUGAGGCAGAACGCAGCAGAAGUUGUGGACCUUACUGUUGAUGAAGAUGAGCCUACUGUAGUACCAACCACUUCUGCAAGAGCGGACUCACAGACUACUAGUGCUUCCAUUAACAAUUCAAACCCAUCUACCUCUGAGCAAGCCUCUGAUACUGCACCCGCUGUCUCCAGCAGCCAGCCUUCCACAGCAGCAGAGACUUCAGCUACUCUUACAAGCAAUAGUACAGCUGGUUCUUCUGCAGGGGAUGACUCAAGGAGAACAGCAUCUAGUGCUGUAACGGAGCCUGGCCCUCCUGCAAUGCCAAGGUUACCUUCCUGCUGUCCCCAGCACUCACCGUGCGGAGGGUCAUCACAGAAUCACCAUGCAUUAGGACACCCGCACACAAGUUGCUUUCAGCAGCACAGCCACCAUUUUCAACAUCAUCACCACCACCAUCAUACCCCCCACCCUGCUGUCCCAGUUUCUCCUUCCUUUAGUGAUCCUACCUGCCCUGUGGAAAGACCUCCGCAAGUCCCAGCACCUUGUGGAGCAAAUAGUAGUUCUAGUUCCAGCUACCAUGACCAGCAGGCAUUGCCAGUAGACCUGAGCAGCAGUGGCAUCAGAAGUCAUGGAAGUGGUGGCUUUCACGGCGCCUCUGCAUUUGACCCCUGCUGCCCUGUUUCUUCCUCUCGGGCUGCAAUCUUUGGCCACCAGGCUGCUGCUGCCGCCCCGAGCCAGCCAUUAUCGAUAGAUGGUUACGGAUCAAGCAUGGUUGCUCAGCCCCAGCCCCAGCCCCCUCCUCAGCCCUCUCUCUCAUCAUGUCGGCAUUAUAUGCCACCUCCUUGGGUUGCACCAGUUUAUACUCCUCAUUGGGGGUCUGUGAAUGAGAAUGAAGAUGCUUCUUUGACAAGACCACUUCACCAUCAAGCUUCUGCCUGCCCCCAUUCUCAUGGAAAUCCCCCUCCUCAGACUCAGCCCCCACCUCCAGUGGAUUAUGUUAUUCCUCAUCCUGUCCAUGCUUUCCAUUCUCAAAUAUCUUCUCAUGCGACAUCUCAUCCUGUGGCCCCCCCACCCCCAACUCAUUUACCCACUGCGGCCGCCCCAAUCCCUCAGCACCUUCCUCCUACACACCAGCCCAUCUCACACCAUCUCCCAGCCCCAGCACCUCCGGCACAGAGACUGCACCCUCAUGAAAUGAUGCAGAGGAUGGAAGUCCAGAGGAGGAGAAUGAUGCAGCAUCCAACUGGUCUUUUUGUGUUCUGUGUUUCCAGGCGGGCACAUGAACGGCCCCCACCCCAUCCCCACAGGAUGCACCCGAACUAUGGUCACGGGCACCAUAUUCAUGUGCCUCAGACUAUGUCCUCACAUCCUCGUCAGGCUCCAGAGAGAUCUGCCUGGGAACUGGGAAUUGAAGCUGGCGUUACGGCGGCCACAUACACCCCUGGAGCAUUGCACCCUCACUUGGCCCACUACCACGCCCCUCCUCGACUGCACCACCUGCAGCUAGGAGCUCUUCCUUUAAUGGUUCCUGACAUGGCAGGCUAUCCUCACAUACGUUACAUUUCAUCAGGUUUGGAUGGAACUUCAUUCAGAGGUCCUUUCAGGGGCAAUUUUGAGGAACUGAUUCAUUUGGAAGAAAGAUUAGGAAAUGUCAAUCGAGGAGCAUCCCAGGGAACAAUUGAAAGAUGUACAUAUCCACAUAAAUACAAAAAGGUAACAACUGAUUGGUUCUCACAGAGGAAACUGCACUGCAAACAAGAUGGAGAAGGGACUGAGGAGGACACAGAGGAAAAGUGUACUAUCUGUUUGUCUAUUUUAGAGGAAGGUGAAGAUGUGAGGCGCCUUCCAUGUAUGCACCUUUUCCACCAAGUGUGUGUUGACCAGUGGUUGAUUACCAACAAGAAGUGCCCCAUAUGCAGAGUGGACAUCGAGGCCCAGCUGCCAAGUGAAAGUUGACAUCGUGCUUCAGGACUCCUGCCCUCCCUCUCAUUCUCAUCCUUCCUGGUACUGCAGUCAACCAAAGAUGGCAUGACUUACCUGCAUAGAUUUGGAAGCACUGAACUUAGAGUGCUGGCUCUGCUACAUGGUACAUCCAAUGCGAGACCUACACCUUAUGGAGACAGUUGAUUUUGAUGUAUUUAUAAAAGCUUUUUUUUUUUUCUCCUAGAUUUUGACAUUUUCCUGUAUCAUUUUACUGUAUUUUUGCAUGGUUCCUUGUAUUGCAUUUCUUUGCACACAUUAUGGGCUUGUGACCCUAAACUUGCAGGCAAGAUUAGCUGCUUUAGUAAGUAGAAUUUUGUGGUCUUUUUAUUUUUUACCUAGUACCAAGUCUUGAGAAUUAUGAAUUUUUUUUAUCCAUUACUAACCUUUAAUUUAAUCAAUCAUGUACUUUAGUUUAAUGUAUAAAGAUUGUCUCGAAAAUGAUAAUAUUGUGUAUUAAGACAUUCCUUAAUUAGGACAAAAUGGCUGCUGUAUAUUUACAAUAUGGAGUUCUGAGUUCAAUACCAUCCUAAUGCUGGGAACAGUAUAUAAACCAAGAUCAGUCAGAUGUGGGUGGCAUUCACAUCACCAGAGUGAUCAAUAGAAAUUUUCUUGGUGUAUCCUUCUCCUUCCAGCACAGUGCAGAUAGAGAUGAAUAUUGAUAUCAUACAUUUAAGACUGCUGUUCUGAUUGUAUUUAUCUUUUUCUACAUCAUCUAGAACUUUUUAUUUCCCUGAUUUUUUUUUUCUUUUUUUUGCUGCUGUGAAACAGCUUUGAUGAACACUAAGUACUAAUUUCAAUUAGCUGAAUUGUACAUACUUGCAGAUUUAAUAAAAAUUUUAGGGAAAUUGAAAAGGACAUGUAGAACUUCAAGUUGUUCAGUCCUCUGCUAAGCACGAGUAGUUAAGAUAUCUGCUUUCAUUAAUUUUGUAAUCACAUUCAGUUAAUAUUUAGGAUUUCAGUCAUUUGGCAGGUAUCUAUGCAUUGGUAGAACUUCUAAAGGUCCCCGGGAUCACGUUUAAGGGAUUUUUACUAGUUUAAAGGUAAAUAAAGUCAGCUGAAUCUACAUGUCUCUUGUUUUAUUUCUCUCUUAAACUUGAAGACAAUAAAUCUGCAGAUACUGUGAGGCACAAAUUAUACUGUUAACCUACUGUUGCUAUGAUUAUAGAAUCCCACUUCAGACAUUACCAAGAGUCGAUCACUGAUUUAAAAUUUUUAAUAUCUAUAGUUAAGAUUUACAGCAUAAUAUAGAAUAUAAAGCUAAGUUAACAUACUAACAUUUCUCCUUUGGAGGAAGUUUUAAUCCACUUCAGGAUGCAUAUUAUCAAGAUACUUUCAUAUACAGGAUAGCCGAAUUUUAUUUGUUUAAAUAUGCUUAAUAUGCCCCAGAUUGCAAAUGCAUCCAGUCAGUAAUAUCACUGUCUGUAUGUGGAAGACAUGUUCCCAUGGAUCAUAUGUGAAGAUGUCAAUAAGCUUGCAUUAAGCCACCUGCUUUGUAAGUGGAUUGAUUAAUAAAUAACUUAUAUUUCUAUUGUC